UUUUGUUCAUGAAUCAUUAAGGUGAGAGAGAGGGUUUUGGUGAUGGUUAUGGACGAUGACAGAGAAGGCGUGUCGCUGCCAUCGGGGCCGGACGCAAAGAAGAGGCGAGUGAGCUACUUCUAUGAGCCGAGCAUAGGGGAGUACAACUACGGGCAGGAGCAUCCGAUGAAGCCCCACAGGAUCCGGGUGGCCCACAACCUCAUCGUCCAAUACCAGCUCCAUCGUCGGAUGGAGAUCAACCGGCCAUUUCCGGAGGGGCCCGCCGAUAUCAGGCAGUUCCACUCGCAGGAGUACGUGGACUUCCUCGCCUCCGUCACGCCGGUGACCCUCACCGACCCGGACUUCUCGCGCCACCGCAAGCGCUUCAACGUCUGCGACGACUGCCCGGUAUUCGACGGCCUCUUCGGCUUCUGCCAGGCCUCCGCCGGCGGCUCCAUUGGCGCCGCCGUUAAGCUCAACCUCGCCGACGCCGACAUCGCCCUCAACUGGGCCGGCGGCCUCCACCACGCCAAGAAGGCCGAGGCCUCCGGUUUCUGCUACGUCAACGACAUCGUGCUUGGCAUUCUCGAGCUUCUCAAAGUUCACAGGCGUGUACUUUACGUAGAUAUUGAUGUUCACCAUGGAGAUGGGGUUGAGGAGGCAUUUUACGCCACUGACAGAGUCAUGACGGUGUCCUUCCAUAAAUUUGGGGAUUUCUUUCCGGGGACCGGGCAAAUUAAGGACACAGGGAGUGGGAUUGGGAAGAGCUACGCCCUGAAUGUCCCAUUAAAUGAUGGAAUGGAUGACAAGAGUUUCCGUUGUCUGUUUCGGCCCAUCAUUCAAAAAGUCAUGGAGGUCUAUGAGCCGGAGGCGGUUGUGCUUCAAUGUGGAGCAGAUUCGUUGUCUGGUGACAGGUUGGGGUGCUUCAACUUGUCUGUGAAGGGCCAUGCCGAUUGCCUUCAUUUUCUUAGAUCUUUCAACGUGCGUCUGAUGGUCUUGGGUGGUGGAGGGUAUACAGUCCCCAAUGUUGCCCGGUGCUGGUGCUAUGAGACAGCAGUUGCAGUUGGAGUGGAGCCUGAUAAUAAAUUGCCUUACAAUGAAUAUUAUGAGUAUUUUGGCCCAGAUUAUACUCUUCACGUUGAACCAUGCAACAUGAAGAAUCUAAACUCACUCAAAGAUAUGGAGAAAAUAAGGAAUACGCUGCUAGAGCAACUUUCAAGAUUACCGCAUGUGCCUAGUGUACCUUUUCAGACAACACCACCCAUCACACAAGUCCCGGAAGAGGCGGAAGAGAGCACGGAUCAAAGGCCAAAACCUCGCAUAUGGAAUGAUAAGCCUGAUCUGGAUCAGCCUUCCACCCAGCCACACUUCAAGACAGCUAAGCCAUUGUGGAAAGUUGAAGGUGGUUCUCAUGAGGUCAAGUUUCUAGAGUCUCUGGAAGUGAAAGUCCCUUCGGUUUCCAGAAAUCUACGGCUUUCGGAUGAGCUAAGGUCAAAGAUGUCUGAGCCAACCGCCAGACCCCCUGGGUUGCAUCCCUUGACUGCACAAGCUCUGAGGGCAGGGACCCCUCAGACUUCGGGCACACAAGUCCUGGGAUCUGCUGGGAUUAAUCAUCCCCAAACCAGAAUCUCAUGUCCCUCAGACACUCAAGUUCCGGUCACGGAGGUGAGCGAUGUCCCAAGUGUGGGUGCUUCACAGCCUUUGGGUGCGGUAGGGCUUCAAGAGGUUUCUGAUCAUAGUGAAGGGGAACACUUAGGAUCGCGUCCUGCGGUUUCUGAUCAUAGUGAAGGGGAAGACUUAGGAUCGCGUCCUAAGACAACUACCGCGGAUUGGUGGGCUCCCCUUCUUGGGGACCCCGUUGCGGCUCUUAAGGAACUUAUUCCCGAAGACUACAUAGAGAAGUACAUAGAGAAGUUGGCUCAAUUGGGAUCGCAUCCUUCGACAACUACCAUGGACAGGUGGGCUCCCCUUCUUGGGGACCCCGUUGCAGCUCUUAAGGAACUUAUUCCCGAAGACUACAUAGAGAGGUUGGCUCAAUUGGGAUCGCAUCCUUCGACAACUGCCAUGGACAGGUGUGCUCCCUUUCCUGGGGUCCCUGUUGCGGUUCUUAUGGGACUUAUUCCUGAAGGCUACACGGGGGGGAGGGGCCAGAUAUCAGCUGAGAGUUUACUUGAAGAGUUCCUACACUCGCAGAUAGAGAGUUCUUUAAAUCUCAUGGCUGUUGCCUCAGAGUAUGAGAAAUCCAAAAAGAGCACAAGAUCCGAGUUGGAGAAUGCUUUGAAAGACAAGGAGGUAGAACUCGUUGUCGCUCGUAAGGAAGUCGAGUUUGAGAGGGCUCGAGCUAGUAGGCUUGAGGCGAUGCAUGCCGAACUACUGGACAAUGUCUGUGCUAUAAGAGCUCGGGUGAGGGGAGAGAUUAAUGCUGUUAGGGCAAAUCUUGGUUCUGUCGAGGAAGAGUUUUCCACCUGUAAGGCCGAAUUAGUUGAGGCUCGUGGCAAACUUAAGGAUGCCUGGGCCGAACUUUUUGAGUGUCAAGUAAACCGUGAGUUUGUCGAGGUGCAACUAGUUAGCACACUGGAGGAUUUGGAAAAAGAACAGGCUAAGUCACAAGACCUCAGGCACCGAUUGAAAGCCAGCUUAAGCACUCUUUUGGACACUCUUUUGUAAUGGGUUUCCAGCUUAAGCACCCCGGGGGAGUUGAGAGAUAUCGCUAUAACUUGUAUUUAUUUUGCUUUUGUAGUCUUUUGGACACUCUUUAGUAAUGGGUUUCCGUCCCUUUUAUGCAGGUUCUGAAGGAAACUUUACCUUUGUGAAAUAUAUGAAACCUUGCUUUUUCAGGCUGAGAGUUAUGAAUGAAAUUUUACUUGUUUU